GGGGCGGAAGGCGGCGGUGCAGGCUACUCGACGCAAGACGGCAGCGGGGCAGGAGAUGCGACAUGAGAUGCGGGAGCGCAUGCGCUACAUCAUGUACGAGAUCGACGAGGGCAACGGCCGCUUCAUCUGCGAGCACCGCGAGCCCUUCCAGUUCCUGGACGUGUGCUGCUGCCCCGGCGGCUUCUCAACCUACUCGCUCACGGCGGGCGAGGCGCCGCGCAAGGGCAUCGGUCUGAGCUUGCCGCCCGAGCUGGGAGGGCACCUGCCGGCCAUUGAGCUGGAGACCGACAAGUACUUCCUGCAGUUCGUGGAUGUGACCACGGUGGCUGCCGGGGUGCGUGUGGCGGACAUGGGGGUGGGCACCCCGGGCUGCCCCAAACCCGCUCUGCGGAUGAACGCAGCCCCCGACGAGCCGCCCACCAACCGCUGUCAGCUGGUCAUCCUAGACGGCUCCUUCCUGGGCGGCAAGGACUGGAUCCACAAGGAAACCAGCCUGCCGGAUUCCGAAAACCCCGCUUUCAACGUGUACGGCACCAACGCGGCGGCGCAUAAGGCCCUCCUCGUCGCGCAACUCAUCGUCAUGGCCAACAACCUCGCGCCCAACGGCAGCCUGGUGCUGCGGCUCAACAUGUUUGCGGAUACGUUCACGAUCGGCGUGCUGGGCCUGCUGCGUCAUGUGUUUCAUGGGGACGUGUGUUCGUACAAACCCAGAUCUUGCCAUGCGCAUGUGGGGUCGUACUACCUGGUCUGUCAUGGAUUCGAUCCGGGGAUCGCCUACAGGAUGCAGUGGGUUCCACGUUGGCUUAGCUGCCUGCUCUCGCUGCGUGCCGGCGGCCCCUCCCCGCGCUUCGUCCCCUUCCCCGGCCUCCACCUGGACUCCCCCCACGCCAUCCACGUGUGGACCCCCGCCAUGUACGUGUACCACGUGCACCUGUGGCGCUUCCUCAAGCUGGUGGAGGUGGCCAUGGAGGAGAAGGCCAUUCUUGACCGCCGCAUGCCCCACCGGCCGCGUGAGGGGCGCUUCUCCAACAUCUGCGGCCGCAUCUUCGCGGGGGUGGUCUGCUUGGGCCGCUGCAACUCCGCGCACAGCUUCCAGGAGCUGCACCCCUUCGUGCAGAAGGCCUUCCAGGAGCCCCGCGGCUUCCUGCACCUGCCCUCCAGCCCCGCCCUGAUGCGGCCCAUGGUGCCGUACGACCCGCUGCCGGAGGCGCUGCUUGAGAUGAGGCAGCAGGCUCACAUGAAGAUGGUGCUUCAAGCCCAAGCCGCCGCCGCAAAGCAACGCGCCGACAUCGAGAAGGCCUCCGCUGCCGCAGCCUCCGCCCCUGGCGGCGCCGCCGGCAAUCUGCUGGGCCAUGUGGGGUCGUACGACAACGCCGUGGAAAUGGGCAUGGCGGGCGAGUGGGUGCAUGGGCUGAUGAGAGACCCACGGGUCACCGGAGAGACGAACGAGGAGGCGGCGCUACGACUCUUCAUGCACGACGCGGACGACGUCGUCAUUGAGGGCGGUUUCGAUGAGGACGUGCCCGAGCACCCCAUUGCAAGACCGCACCUGCCGGUGUCGACGCAACUGCAACCGCAACCGCCG